AUCAAGAACCGUCAUGGCGCCUUCUGUCAUUCCUGUCGCCUUUCGUCACAAAUUUUUCAAAAAGUCGACGUGAAAACCUUGUGAAAUUGAAUUUCACAGCCGAAAACCGCAUCGCAAACUUUAAUACUGUUUGCCAUCAGUUAUUUAUGAAGAUUACCCAGACAUUUGCCAGGAAAAGCAAGUGGAAAUAAUGAGUGUUGACGCGUAUGGCCCGAGCUCCCAGACGCUCACGUUUUUGGAUACUGAGGAAGCUGAUCUAAUAGGGGCGGACACCCAGGGCUCGGAAUGUGAUUUUACCGAUUUUACUAUACCCUCGCAGACCCAGGCAUCGCAGCAUGAUCAUGCGGGGCCCAAAGUACAGGGCCUGCAGAUUAAUAAUAAUCUGAACACCAAAAUUGCCACUACCACUCAGGCUUUAGGAGAACUCCAGUUUGAAGAGGAAGAUGAAGAAUUCUACAAUAGCAAAGAGCUCCCAGAUUUUGCAUGUAAAUACUGUGGUAUCCAUGAGCCAAACUGUGUUGUUAUGUGUAACCUUUGCAAGAAAUGGUUCUGUAAUGGCAGGGGAAACACUUCUGGAAGCCACAUUAUCAACCAUUUGGUUAGAGCUAAGCAUAAGGAAGUUACACUGCACAGGGAUGGUCCUUUAGGAGAAACUAUUCUGGAAUGCUACAGCUGUGGUGUCAGAAACGUUUUUGUGCUUGGGUUUAUUCCUGCUAAAGCUGAUUCUGUAGUUGUCUUACUUUGUAGGCAGCCAUGUGCUGCACAGAACUCCUUAAAGGAUAUGAAUUGGGAUCAAGAUCAAUGGAAGCCUCUUAUUGCUGACCGUUGUUUUUUAACAUGGCUUGUCAAAAUACCAUCUGAACAAGAGCAGCUUAGAGCCCGUCAGAUUUCAGCUCAGCAGAUCAAUAAACUGGAGGAAUUAUGGAAAGAGAAUGUCGACGCUACUUUUCAAGAUCUAGAAAAGCCUGGUGUAGAUGAAGAACCACAGCAAGUUCUUCUCAGAUAUGAAGAUGGCUAUCAAUAUCAGAAUAUUUUUGGUCCACUUGUCAAACUAGAGGCAGACUAUGACAAAAGAUUAAAAGAGUCUCAAACCCAAGAAAAUAUUGAGGUUAGAUGGGAUGUUGGACUGAAUAAAAAGACAAUUGCUUACUUUACUUUGGCCAAAACUGAUGGAGAUAUGAAGCUUAUGCAUGGAGAUGAAUUAAGGCUUAGAUAUGUAGGUGAAAUGCAUAAAACCUGGGCUGGUGUAGGACAUGUUAUUAAAGUUCCAGAUAAUUAUGGUGAAGAUAUUGGGAUAGAACUAAAAAAUGGCUCAGGAGCCCCUACUGAAUGCACUAGUAAUUUUGUGGUGGAUUUUAUAUGGAAAAGUACAAGUUUUGAUAGAAUGCAGCUGGCCCUUCGUAAAUUCGCAGUGGACGACGCAUCAGUGUCUGCCUAUAUUUACCACAGGUUAUUGGGCCAUGAAGUUGAGGAAGUUUUAUUCAGAUGUCACCUACCCAAGCAUUUUUCUGCUCCAAACUUGCCAGAUUUGAACAGGUCUCAAGUUUAUGCUGUUAAGCAUGCUUUACAAAGGCCACUAUCUCUUAUACAAGGUCCUCCUGGUACAGGGAAAACUGUGACGUCUGCCACUAUAGUCUAUCAAUUAGUGAAGCAAAAUGGUGGUCCAGUGUUAGUUUGUGCUCCUAGUAACACUGCUGUAGACCAACUAACUGAAAAAAUCCAUAAAACCGAUUUAAAAGUUGUGAGAUUAUGUGCUAAAUCUCGCGAAGCCAUAGACUCCCCAGUAAGUUUUCUCGCGCUUCACAAUCAAAUAAGGAAAAUGGAAGGCAAUACUGAACUACAAAAGUUACAACAGCUAAAAGAUGAGACCGGAGAACUGUCCAGUGUCGACGAAAAACGUUACAGAAUGUUAAAAAAACUUGCCGAAAAAGAACUGUUAGAGGCCGCAGACGUUAUAUGUUGCACUUGCGUAGGCGCCGGCGACCCCCGAUUAGUUCGCUUGAAGUUCCAUUCAAUUUUGAUUGAUGAAAGUAUGCAGGCAACAGAACCUGAAUGUAUGGUACCGGUGGUCCUCGGUGUUAAACAGCUAAUUUUGGUAGGCGAUCACUGUCAACUUGGUCCAGUAGUAAUGUGUAAAAAAGCAGCCAGAGCCGGCCUUUCUCAAUCGCUGUUCGAGAGACUCGUCGUCUUGGGAAUUAGACCUUUUAGGCUUGAGGUGCAGUACCGUAUGCACCCUGAACUCUCCCGGUUUCCUUCAGAUUUCUUUUAUGAAGGAAGUUUGCAAAACGGUGUUAGUGCCGAAGAGAGAAAAUUGGUCAACAUUGAUUUUCCGUGGCCAAUACAAGACAGACCGAUGUUCUUUUUGGUCACUCAAGGCCAGGAGGAGAUCGCUGGCAGCGGCACCAGCUAUCUAAACAGAACCGAAGCGUCUAAUGUAGAGAAAAUAGCGACAAGGUUCCUUCGUGCUGGUAUAAAACCUGAACAAAUCGGAAUAAUUACACCUUAUGAAGGGCAAAGGGCUUAUCUGGUGCAGUAUAUGCAAUACCAGGGUUCCCUUCAUAGCAAGUUGUAUCAGGAAAUCGAGAUCGCUAGUGUGGAUGCUUUCCAAGGAAGAGAGAAGGAUAUUAUUAUCAUGUCUUGUGUCAGGAGCAAUGAACAUCAAGGAAUUGGUUUUCUAAAUGAUCCAAGACGUCUUAACGUCGCACUGACCAGAGCAAAGUAUGGAAUUAUAAUUGUGGGCAAUCCGAAAGUGUUGUCCAAACAACCCCUGUGGAAUCAUCUCUUAUCUUUUUACAAGGAACAAAAGGUUUUGGUAGAAGGUCCCUUAACAAACAUGAAAGAAUCCCUAAUACAAUUUGCCAAACCAAAAAAACUGACUAAUUCUGAAAACCCCGGCAGCCACUUUAUGUCCACCUCCAUGUUUGACGCGCGAGAAGCGAUGGUUCCGGGUUCGAUUUUUUUUAGAACUAGCUCUACAAUGAACGGCUCUGCAGGUCCCUUUGGCAACUUGGGUACAACAUUCCAGCCAAACAGACCCAUGCAAAUGGACAUGUUCGGACGAACUCACGAUCCCAUCAGCUAUAUCGCCCCUGAAAGGGCUCAAGCCGGCUUAAAUCUACCAGUUCCCAUGGGGAUGUUUAUGAAUAUGGCCCAUAUUCCACCCAGAUUCUACAAUCAACAUCAACAAGCCAUGCAGGCUAGACAACAGCAGCAGAAUCCGAGGAUUAAUAGUAGAAGACCUCCGCAAAGACAAAAAGGAAAACUUCUUAGCCAAGAUCAAACGCAACCGUUUAGUCAGAGUCUACAAUUGACACAAGGAGGAAUGUCUCAGCCCGGAUUGUCGCAACCAGGCUUCAGUCUUUCCCAACCCGGAUUAAGUCAAGCGGAACUCAGCCAGGAUCUGUACAUGGCAGAGUACCAGAGUCAGAUGGACGGGCUCUUGUCCCAGGACUCUACUUAUCAAGGAGACAGGUCCGCAUUUUACCAACCGAGCGCCCAAUUCUCACAGCCCUAUUGACGCAUCUCAGUACAAGACGAUCAAUAAGAUACGCGGAAGCGACUACAUGAUGAACAGAAUCAAAUUGGAAAGUGAGAAAUCGAAUCAUAAAUUCAAGUUAAACACCAUGAUAAAAGGAGAAAAUAAAAUAACACGCAUGCGUAACAAGAGUAACAAGAACUUUAUACGCGAGAACGACAAACAUGCCCGAGAAGGGAAAACAUCGAAUGGAAACAUAAUCAAGAAUUGUUUUCUUUUCGGCAACUUCACAGCAACAACGUAUAAAGAAACAUAUUUUAUAUUCUUAAGAUUACGCAACAAUAAAAAAAUACUUCGGAGGUUCAUUAUGUAACCGGAAAUAGCAAAAAAAAAAUAUAAAAAAUAUGUUUACAUGUGACUAACGGUCGUUCAGUUACUAUGUUAGUUUUUAUUUGAAUAAUUAUUAUUUUUAUUA